UCUUUGCUAGGGUACCAUCUGUGCAACUAUAGCCUGACCAAAAAUGUCUUUAAAAUGAUUGCCUACCAAAAGUCCUAUAUGAAAAGCACUUCCUGUGGAGGAUGGAUACCAUGGAUGGUGUGUCCCCGGACAUACUACAAAAUGCAGUAUCAUGCUGUUGAAGUCCCUGAAAACAUCACUCUUACAGAUUGCUGUGAAGGAUAUGAGCAAGUUGGACUCUACUGCUGUUUAGCACUCAAUAGAUCCACUGUAUUUGCCUCAAGACCUGGUAUUUGUCCAAUGGAGAAUAUGGAAACAACUGAUUAUCCUUGCAUGUUCGAUACUGAAUGUCCAGGGCUUAAAAAAUGCUGCAACUCAUCCAAAGGAGUAGGCUGUGUGGAUCCAUUGCCAGAGGGAAGGACAUUCUGGUACAAUGUGACAGUGCUUGUGAAAAUGGAUUUUAAUGAAUUAAUCAGAGUGGAUUCCCACCUUCUGAAUCAUUCACGCCUUUUGCACUCCAUGAUUACUGGUGCAUUACAGCCCUUGAAUGCCUCUGUGCACCAUAUCCAGAGUAACCAUGCAGAAAUAUACACUGGGACAGUGGCCUCCCAGGUUCUCGUUGGACUGCGUCAGCCAGCUCCGCUAGCAGAGGUUUCUUCUUCCUUGAAGGACAUUGUGAAGCGUGUGUAUGAAGUGAUUGACAUAGAAGUGCAAGAUGUCAAUGAAUGUUCCCAUGUUGAAUUCAACACUUGUCCCGAGAAAAACACGUGUGUAAAUCUGGAGGGUUAUUACAGCUGUGACCAUCAGCACGAACAUGCAGAUGUCAACCCUCACCAUCUGAGCCCAAGAAAAGAAGGCAUGGCAGCAUCGACUCCAAGUUCAAUGUUGGAUCUCGUUAACACCAGCAAUAGCACUCCAUCUAUAAGUAAUUCAAGUCUCUUGUCCAUGACUAAUCAAGCUACAGAUGCAGGGUGCUAUCCCUCUGCAGUUAGGAACCACAGAAUCUUCAGCGUUACCAGCAACAGUUUUGAAAUGUCCUGGCGUGUCACUUCUACUCUGAACCAUACUUUCCAAGUCCAAGUGUUGAAGGGCAAAGAGAUUAUACAAAACUUGAAGACAGAGGAAAUGAAAAUGGUCGUGUCUGGACUGGAAGCAGGCAUGAUGUAUUCAGUAGAGAUCAGCUACGAAACCUGUGGAAAAACCAGCAUCUCCCAUCAAAAUGUUAAAACAGAGGCCAAGAUGUUUGGUGUUACUAUGAGGAUUCUCAACUACAACUUCACUGAUGAUUUCCAUAAUGCCAGCAGCUCAGCAUAUGAAGAAUUUUCAAGACUGUUGCUUACAGAGCUUGAAAAUUCAUUUCCAGCCAACAUUUCUGCUUUAUACAAAUCUGGGAAGCUGAAAGUGCAGACUGAAUCCCUGCAAGCUGGAAGCAUAAUUGUGAGGCUCCGAAUCACUGUGCAGGACCCUGAGUUUCCCGUUGAUGCCUCCACAUUUGCCAUGGUGCUUUCUUACCUGUACAAUGGCUCUGCACUUCUGGUGGAUCAGCAAAACACUGCAGUAGAAGACUGGGAUGAAUGUGCUUCUCAUGCUGAGAAUGACUGCUCUGUGUUAGCAGAGUGCAUCAAUUUGAUGGGCUCAUAUCUGUGCAGAUGCAGGACAACCAUGGAUACCAAUCCAUCCCGACCUGGAAGAAACUGUGAGGGUGAGAUUGUGGACCCUCUCACUGAAGCGAUGGCUCCUGAAGUAACAAACAGCACAGAGUUUGCUCCUGAAGAAGGAAGCCCUGCAGCCCCUGCUUCCCCUGCCACCACUGAGAUGGUGGCUGCUGUAGGCUCCGGGGUGAGCACCACCAUACACCUCUCUGCUGCACUGCCCCUGGGUGACAAACAAGUGCCCCAUGGUCAUUCUUCCAUCCGCAUUCCUCCAACCCCUUGGAGAGAAGGCCUGGCACCACAGAUGGGCUUUGGCAGGGACAACAGCCCUAUGGCGACAGGGGUCACAGCCAGCAAGGAACUGGCCGUGAGUGCAGAGCGGCAGGCAGCCAUAAGUCCGUUGCAGCAAAGCUCUGUGGCAGAGGGUUCCUCCGAUGCAUCACAGCAAGCGGCUGCUCUCACAAAUGCUCCCAUGGGCACAGCUGAACAAAAGCAGCUCAGUUCACCAUUGCUGGUGUUUCCAAAUCAAAUGGCCUUUGCUACCACUAGAAGUCACACAGCUUUUGGUAUGCCUCAAGCCACCUCUCAGGGUGGUCCUGGUACAGCUCUGCCGGCCACAGGGAAUGCUGGCAUUUCCACCCUCAGCACUGCUCUCAGGACACACGUAGAUACAGGAAAAGACAACAGCUCUUGGUCUGAGAAAUACACUGGAGCCUCGGGGUCACCAGCUCUGCCAGGCAUCUCUCGAGCUCCCAGCCCGACACGAGGCCCAGCCGUGGACCGCACUGUCCAGAAACUUAGUGGCACAGUACGGAUAACAAAUGUGAAAUACUCUCCGGGCUUUAGCAACGCAAGCAGUGAGGAAUACCAAACCUUUGCACAGCAUUUUGUUGAUGAAAUGCUGGGACAAGACCUGGCAUGCAAAUCUCUGUAUGUAUGUGUGCACCCUGCUUUCCCUUGGGAUGUGCAGGUAGGCAGGGAGUCCAGUGCAAUCUUAUUGGGCCCCUUUGUCUGGGUGAUUAGAGGAAAAGGACUAAGGGGAGCACUUGUGGAUGUUUACCAGUUUCUCUUUGUGGUACAUAAAUCUCUGCCCCUUGAGGUUCUUCAGCAGACGGAUGCUGGUCUGAUUAAAGUGUUGAUAACGGGUAUUACUAAUGGGAGCACAGUGGUAAGUUUCAAUUUACUGAUUGCAGAAGAUGUGGAUAUCUACUACAUCAUCACUGCCUUUCGUGAUGCCUUUGAACACAGCUCCUAUUUCACAGUUGACAAGAGCAAUCUCUCCAUAAACGAUUAUGAUGAGUGCAAGAGCAAAGAGGAUGACUGCUCCCCAGAUGCAUCGUGCCAAAACACACUUGGGUUUUACCAGUGCAGCUGCAAUGAAGGAUUUGCUGAUGUGCACCCAGAAAGGCCUGGAAGAAGCUGUGAAGGCAAAAAAGUCUUUUAUUAUCUAAUGGCUAGUGGAAUGCUUAGUGAUCUGAUCUUUACUGGAUCAUGGCCACCCUUGCCACAGGUUUUGAAAUUUUACCAGGGAUUAAUUUGGUUCAUUGUUUUCAGCUGGAUCCUAGUGGAAAAAGUCUUGCAGCAGACUUUAAGUAUUUCUGACUGUAAUCCUCUGUUCAAAUCAGCAACUUACCUUUAUUUUUGGCACUCUUCAGCAUUCUCUAUCAGCCAAGAGGCAACGCUGAUGGAUAAGAAACCUGUACACAACCCAGUUUUACCUGCAGCAUCUUUGCAAACUUCAACUCACGUGUCCUCCCCUGCUUCACUGGACUUCUCUACCACUGAGCACAAAGCUCUGGAGGACACCACAUUCUCCAACGUGGUGCUGCCUCCUCUCACCACGGAUCCUGUGUCAACUCCUGACAUUUAUCCUCAAGCAUCUCCUGUCUCCCUUGUUAAACCUGCCCAGAAGGUUUCCAUUCAAGAUGCUGUGAGAGUGUUCUGUGAAAACGAGAAGAUCAUCCUUGCUGUCGAGAAGAGAUUUUUACGGCAGGAGUCUAUCCCAGAAACCUCCCUCUACCUGGGGGAGCCUCACUGCAACGUGAGCAUCAGCAAUGGCACUCACGUUGUGCUGCAGGCAGGCUGGAGCAACUGUGGCACUGAAGUUGAGACUAACAUAACUAAUACCAUAGUGAAAACCAUCCUUCGGAAUGACAUUAAUGCUCAGGGAGUAAUCCACCGUUUAAAAGUUGCCAGCCCCAUUCAUUGUGUAUUUCAAAACGAUCUCUUGACUUCCUCUGGGUACACUGCAGAGGGACUUUACACCAUCUUUGAGGAUUUGCAUGGAUCUGGACACUUCAGAACAGAAAUGCAGUUGUUUAUUGGAAACUCCCCAAUACCAAAAAAUUUUAAUGUCUCUGCCAGUGAUGAUGUACUGAUUGAAGUGGGGAUCCAGAGAGCAGACAGCAAGUUCAAGGUGGUCCUCACUGACUGCUGGGCAACUCCAACUAAUAAUUCAUUGGAUCCCUUCUCAUUUACUUUUAUCAGCAACAGCUGUCCCAUCCCAAACACAUACACAACACUGCUAGAGAAUGGGAAUUCAAGCAAAGCGCGGUUUAAGAUGAAAAUUUUUUCCUUUAUCAACAAUUCUGUGGUCUACCUACACUGCAAAAUACGUAUUUGUAUGGAGACAUCAGGAAGCACCUGCAGGAGGAGAUGCCAUGUGGUUCGAUCCCUGAAGACUGGUGAAACCAUUGCUAUGUACAGAACAUCCUGGGGACCCCUGUGUAAAUCGGCUGUACCCAAUUUGAAGAGAGAGAAGGAGGCUGGGAUGGGAGUUGGAUACAUCAUCCUCAUUGCCUUUGCUGUGUUUGGUUUUGUGCUGGGACUUGUGAGCCUUCUCAUUUUCCAGUACCAGCGAAAGAUGGGAAGAUACAACUUCAGAAUCAAGUCUGACAACUUCAGCUACCAAGUGUUCUAUGAUUAGUGAUUUUCAGGUUACCAGAUUUGGAACAUGUCUUCACUCAGCGUUUGGCUUUCGUUACUUUUCACAGUGGUGGUCACGACUGGUUGCAAUACUGGCUCUUCCAAGUUAAUGUUGCAUAUAAAAUGCUUCUAUGCCCCCUAAUUUUUUUUUUUUAAUUUUUUGUAGCAAUCUGGCUAUUCCAUGGUGUCCGAAGAUCUAUUUGUGACUGCAGUUCCAGGUUGAAGUGAAUUUUGGCAGGUUUUUACCAUGGAUAAAAUAGAAGGGAAAAAAAAAAGACUUCAUGGUUCUCAAGUUCCAAGAUUUGGCUCUCCCACUGUGCCUCGUUUCUCUGUGCCUGCCCUAGCAUCACUCGUGCCAUUACUAUUGACAAGCUGCAUGUUUCUAUAAAUGUUCCAGGAAGUAAAUCAGCAAACCCUUAGAGAAAUCUCAUUUUCAGUUUGUAACUCACUGUUUACUUAAGGUGAGGUUGAAACUUUGAGCUGUGACAAUGCCGAAGACUUAAUUGCGCAAUGCCUUAAGUAUACAGAAGCUGGAGAGGAAGUGUUGGAUUUACCACCAGAUAAAGACAAGGCACUGUGAAUCUGGGGCUUAACCUACUCAGAGUGUUCUUCAGCAUGAGUUAUGAGAUUUGAUUGUAAAUUGUUUAAUCAACAAGGACACAGUGGAAAAAAAACAACUAUUUUUGCUGCUGGCAGCCCAUGUUUUUCCAGAUAAGUCAAUUGGUACCUACGUGUUCUGUUUAAUUAGACCACAGUGAUUCUGCAGUCAAGCCACAGAGUGUGCUGCCCACCUAAGUGUCAGCACACCAAUUGCAACAGAAUAGUUAUAGAUUUGAGCUGAAUUUUGCCUGGCUGCAAGAUCCUGCAAGCCAUACCAUUCAGGUACUGAUUUUUUUGGUACAGAAUAGCAUUGGAAAGCUGCUUUUCUUUCCCCCUACUCCAAUUUCUGUUAGGUAAUAAGAUUACUGGGUAAAGGACUUCUAUGCUUUGUAAAAGGUCAAACAGAUUGAUCUUGGAGGUUAUAUAUACACUUUUUAAGUACAUCAAUACAUUCCAGAAUGAUCAUCUGCAUUCUGCUUUUGAUUCAAGUGAAUCCGUAAGGAGUUAAAAUCUUUGCCUUGUCUUUUUUUUGCUGAAAUAUCAGUUACCAGAUCCCCAUAUAAUAGAAGACCCAUUUUGUUGCAAUUCAUUAGUGAAACUGCAAAUUAUCUUUGCAGUCUUAGAGUCUGAUGAACAUAACCAUGAGCUUUUUAUUAUGUAGGAGUCUUUUAACUUUUCGUCAGCCUGCUCUCAAAUAUAUAAUGUGUUUUCCCUCUGUGAACAGUGGAAGGACAAGCUAUUUUACUAUAAAUGUAUUUCUAGUUUUUAGUACUUACAGUUCUGAAGUGCUUGAAAGUGACAGGACUAGAGAUUUGCCUAUAGAUUUCAGUGGAGCUACGCCAUUUACAAAAGCUAAGCACUAGUCUUCAGGAUGAAAUGCAAAACAGUAGCUUGUAUUUGAUACCUUGCAUGCUCAGCAGACAUUGCUAUAGUGACUGAGUCUGUUUAGUGGAAUUUUGUUGUCUUAAUAAAAGCACUCUUGCAGCUUA